CACACACCGAGCGCUGGAGGCUCCGCCGCGCCGCCUGGCAACCCAGGAUCUACCUCCCUGCUUUUGUAGCCCUAGCUUUUUUCUUUUUUUCUUUUUUUCUUUCCCCCCCUCCAUAGCUCCUUUCCUUCAGCCUUGGAAAAUUAUUGGGGUGCGGGGGGAAUUUGGGAUUUUUUUUUUUUUUUUCUCUACGGGGGGUGUCUGGGCAUCUUCCCACCCCCUCCGCGCCUGCUGCCUUGCUCCACCUGCCCUUGCGCCUUUUUGCUUCUUUUCCCCGGUCUGUCUCUCCACUAAACCCGGGCUGAUGUGCUGUGCGAGAGGCUGGAAAUGGAAGUGUUGAUGCUCUGGCUUUUUCCCUGGAUAUUUCAGUGCGUUUCGGUGCGGGCGGACUCUAUCAUCCACAUUGGUGCCAUUUUCGAAGGCAAUGCUGCCAAGGACGACGAGGUGUUCAAGCAGGCAGUGUCGGAUCUGAACCUGAAUGACGACAUCCUCCAGAGCGAGAAGAUCACUUACUCCAUCAAGCUCAUAGAGGCCAACAACCCUUUCCAUGCGGUGCAGGAAGCCUGUGACCUGAUGACCCUGGGGAUCCUAGCCUUAGUGACAUCCACUGGUUGUGCCUCAGCCAAUGCCCUGCAGUCCCUGACAGAUGCUAUGCACAUCCCACACCUUUUUGUCCAGCGCAACACGGGAGGCUCCCCACGCACUGCCUGCCACCUGAACCCCAGCCUGGAGGAGGAGGAGUACACACUGGCUGCCCGGCCGCCCGUCCGCCUCAACGAUGUCAUGCUGAAACUGGUCACUGAGCUGCGGUGGCAGAAGUUCAUCGUGUUUUAUGACAGUGAUUAUGAUAUACGUGGACUGCAGGGAUUUCUUGAUCAGGCCUCAAGACUGGGACUUGAUGUAUCAUUACAAAAAGUGGACAGGAACAUCAGCAGAGUCUUUGCCAACCUUUUCACCACCAUGAAAACAGAGGAGCUGAACCGUUACCGGGACACAUUGCGAAGGGCCAUCUUACUCCUAAGUCCACGGGGAGCCCAGACUUUUAUUAAUGAGGCUGUGGAAACCAACCUUGCAUCAAAGGAUAGUCACUGGGUCUAUGUAAAUGAGGAAAUCACUGAUAACGAAAUAUUAGAGUUGGUACAUAGUGCUCUGGGGAGGAUGACAGUUAUCCGGCAAAUUUUCCCCCUCUCAAGAGACAACAAUCAGAGAUGCAUGAGGAAUAAUCACCGGAUCUCAUCACUGCUGUGCGAUCCACAAGAAGGCUAUCUUCAGAUGCUGCAGGUUUCCAACCUGUACCUGUAUGACAGUGUGCUCAUGCUGGCCAAUGCUUUCCACAGAAAACUGGAGGACAGGAAAUGGCACAGCAUGGCAAGUCUGAACUGCAUGAGGAAAUCCACCAAACCUUGGAAUGGAGGACGAUCCAUGCUAGAGACUAUUAAGAAGGGCCAUAUAACCGGACUUACUGGAGUUAUGGAGUUCAGAGAAGAUGGUGCCAACCCCUACGUUCAGUUUGAGAUACUGGGCACCAGCUACAGCGAAACAUUUGGCAAAGAUGUGCGGAGGUUGGCAACAUGGGACUCUGAGAAAGGACUGAACGGUAGCCUACAAGAACGACGUCUGGGCAAUGACUUACAAGGACUGACACUCAAAGUGGUGACUGUCUUGGAAGAACCUUUUGUGAUGGUGGCAGAGAACAUACUUGGACAACCAAAACGAUAUAAAGGAUUUUCCAUUGAUGUCCUGGAUGCACUUGCCAAGAAUCUGGGCUUCAAGUAUGAGAUAUAUCAAGCUCCUGAUGGCAAAUAUGGACAGCAGCUUCAAAACAGCUCCUGGAAUGGCAUGAUUGGAGAACUCAUUAACAAGAGAGCAGACCUAGCCAUCUCAGCCAUCACUAUCACGCCGGAACGAGAGAGCGUUGUGGACUUCAGCAAGCGGUACAUGGACUAUUCCGUGGGGAUCUUAAUCAAAAAGCCUGAAGAGAAAAUCAACAUCUUCUCUCUCUUUGCUCCUUUCGACUUUGCGGUGUGGGCCUGCAUUGCUGCAGCCAUCCCCAUCGUUGGUGUCUUGAUAUUUGUCUUGAACCGGAUCCAGGCAGUCAGGGCACAGAACGCUUCCCAGCCCUGCCCGUCGGCUUCCUCCACCCUGCACAGUGCCAUCUGGGUUGUGUACGGCGCCUUUGUUCAGCAAGGGGGUGAAUCUACUGUCAAUUCCAUGGCCAUGCGCAUUGUGAUGGGAAGCUGGUGGCUCUUCACCCUUAUCGUCUGCUCUUCCUACACAGCGAAUUUAGCAGCAUUUCUCACAGUAUCCAGGAUGGAUAAUCCCAUAAGAACAUUUCAGGAUCUGUCCAAACAAAUGGAUAUAUCUUAUGGUACAGUCAGGGAUUCAGCAGUGUAUGAAUACUUUAAAGCAAAAGGGACAAACCCUUUGGAGCAGGAUAACACGUUUGCUGAACUGUGGAGGACUAUCAGUAAGAAUAAUGGGGCAGAUAAUUGUGUAUCAAACCCUUCUGAAGGCAUCAGGAAGGCAAAAAAGGGAAACUAUGCCUUCCUGUGGGAUGUGACGGUGGUGGAAUAUGCUGCGCUGACGGAUGAUGAAUGCUCUGUGACAGUCAUUGGAAACAGCAUUAGCAGUAAAGGAUAUGGAAUAGCACUUCAGCACGGAAGCCCCUACAGAGAUCUUUUCUCUCAGAGGAUUCUAGAGCUGCAAGAAAGUGGAGAUUUGGAUGUUCUUAAACAGAAAUGGUGGCCACGGAUGGGACGUUGUGACCUGAAUAGCCACACCAGUGCACAGACAGAUGGGAAGGCGCUCAAGCUUCACAGUUUUGCAGGCGUUUUCUGCAUUUUAGCAAUAGGCCUCCUUCUUGCAUGUUUGGUGGCAGCAUUGGAGUUGUGGUGGAACAGCAACCGUUGUCAUCAAGAAACACCGAAAGAGGACAAAGAAGUGAACCUGGAGCAGGUCCAUAGACGCAUGAACAGUUUAAUUGAUGAAGACAUAGCCCACAAGCAAAUCUCUCCAGCAUCCAUUGAAAUCUCAGCCUUGGAGAUUGGUGGCAUGCAGCCAACUCAGACCCUGGAGCCAGUACGCGAGUACCAGAACACGCAACUGUCUGUCACCACCUUUUUACCAGAACAGACAACUCAUGGUGCCAGCAGGACACUCACAGCUGCUUCCGGCAGCAACCUGCCGCUGCCCCUGAGCAGCUCAGCCACCAUGCCCUCCAUACAGUGUAAACACAGGUCACCAAAUGGAGGACUGUUUCGUCAGAGUCCCGUGAAAACCCCGAUCCCAAUGUCAUUUCAGUCUGUGCCCGGGGGAGUCAUUCCAGAAGCAAUGGAGCCCUCGCAUGGAACAUCCAUAUGAUGAGAAACAAACAGUAAAACAACCAGCAGAGCUUUUUAAUACAAAAAUUUAAAAGAAAAAAAAAAAACAAACCCAACAACAAACAACCCAACACAAAAACUCUUAACUUUUUCUUGUAUAUACAUGUAAAUAAUGAAAGAAUGAAGUGGGGUAAAAGUGUAUUUUGAAUAUUCCCAAUUUUCGAAGUCAGUAAAAAACAAAACAAAACAAAACCCUAAAAUGUAUGAAUGACUUUGUAAAUUUUGUUCUAUAUGAAUAAAAAGGCAAACUACUUGU